AUGUUAUUGCAUGCUGGUGGAGGGAAGACUUCCAGUCUUUUUGUCCUGGUCAUUGCGGCCCUUUUGGUUGGCCGAUCCGCUGCGUCUCUGGGAGAUCAUCUUCCAGACUUCAGAGAAUGUGUCCAGAUCUGCAAAACAGAGAACUGCCAGAAUGGCAAUUCAGUGCUGCCUCUACAUCACCGCUUGCUGUUAUGGACCUGUCCUGCUGAAUGCGAUUACACUUGUCAACACGUCAUAACCGACCGUCGAGUCUCUCGUGACCCCCCGAUGUUGAAUCCGAUCGUUCAGUUCCAUGGAAAAUGGCCCUUCCGAAGGAUACUGGGGAUGCAGGAGCCCUUCUCGGUGCUCUUCUCUUUCCUCAACUUCGCAGCCCAUUGGCAUGGCAUGUCCCGAAUCCAGGAGUCCAUCCCAGCCUGGCACUCACUCCGGAAAUACUACAUGAUGUUUGGAUAUAUCGGACUGGCCAGCUGGACCUUUAGCAUGCUCUUCCACACCAGAGAUUUUGCCAUUACGGAGAAGCUGGACUACUGGGCCGCGGGCGCAAACGUCCUGUAUGGCCUCUAUCUGGCUGUCAUCCGCAUCUUUCGCCUGGAUCUGGAGAACCCGCAGUACCGACCGACAUUGCGCCGACUAUGGACCGCGAUCUGUAUCCUGCUCUACACGAUGCAUGUCUGUUACCUGAGUUUCUGGUCUUGGGAUUAUACAUAUAAUAUGGCAGCCAACGUAGCCGUUGGAAUCGUCCAGAAUCUGAUGUGGACUGGUUUCAGUAUCUUUAGAUACCAGAAAUAUUUGAAGUCGUGGACAGCUUGGCCCGGCAUGAUUGUUGCAUGGAUUAUUCUGGCCAUGAGUCUGGAGUUGCUGGACUUUCCCCCGUGGCAUGGACUGAUCGAUGCCCACAGUCUCUGGCACUUGGGCACGGUUAUCCCCACUGCCUGGUGGUAUUCAUUCCUCAUCAAGGAUUCACAGGAUGAUAUUGCUGGACAUCGCCUCAAGGCGUAG